GCUCUAACUCGGAAAAAGGACGAACUGGCAAGGACCUCCAAAACCAGCAAACUGUGGGUAAACUAUCAGCACAUGCUAGGUAUUGCUAGGGCACUUGUUGCAGCUGAUCGAAUGGGGUCUUGGGAGAUGCAUAUCAGUGCCAUUUCAGCUUGCCUGCCAAUAUUCGCGGCCGCUGGCCAUCCCAACUAUCUGAAGUCCGCUCGUCUCUAUCUCCAGAAGAUGUAUGCGUUGAAGGAUGACAACCCUGAAGUACAUCAGAAGUUCCAGUCUGGGUUUCACGUAAUCCGACGCAGCAGCCAAUACUGGGCUGGCCUUGGCUCUGAUCUAGUGAUCGAACAAACUCUAAUGCGCUCACUAAAAAGCCAAGGGGGGCUAACGCGAGGAAGCGGGAUGUCAGAGCACCAAAGGACAGUUUGGGCUAUGUCCUCAACUGUGUCAUCUGCCUACAACCUGGCUAUGCAAGAACUCACCGCAAGUUGUUACACCACCAGUGAACAGCAUAAGGAGUUGUCUGCCUCUAGGGUGAACAGAGAUGAGGCAGACAUGGGUAAAGUUGCAGAAAAACUAGACAGCUUUACACCGUUUUCAGCUGAUGAGUCAUUACGGUGUGUUAUCACAGGGAUCAUAGCAAAUGGAGACGUCAAUGUGCAGGAUCUUUUCGAUAUCGGAAAAGACAUUGUAAAAGCGAUGGACGGACAAUCAGUUUUUACCUACUCCCACAAAAGGAGUUUAAAGGUGAAGACUCUAGCAUCCAGCAAGAAAGUGAAAGUUUCUGAGGAUCGUACUAUUGACCCAGCGCUCUUGUUCCAGAGGUUUCUAGUAGUCUCGCAGACGGGCGAACUUCGGCUAGAUGACGUCAUGUCCUAUGAACUCUGUCCUUACCCGAUGUCUUUGUUCGAAGCAAAGGACAUAUUGCGUCCUCCAGACAAACCGCAGCUGGCAGAAGCUAUCAGAAACUAUGUUAAGACCAAAUCAGACAAUGCUGUGACACAAACUGUCCCAGUCACAGAUCACUAUGUACUAGAUGGAGGAUCUCUUCUUCACCGCUUGAAAUGGACGGAGGGGAGCACCUACAGUUCGAUUGCAGACGAUUACGCCUCAUUCACUGUCAAACACUAUGGGAAAGCGACUGUCGUGUUUGAUGGUUAUGAGGUUGGGCCUAGUAUAAAGGAUGGUACUCAUCAGCGUCGAACUCGAAAGCUGAAUGCAAACAAGGUGAACAUUACAGAAGUGACAAAAUUUGUUGGGAAAAAGGAGGACUUCUUGUCCAAUGAGACAAACAAGCAGACACUGAUCCAUAUGAUCAUGGAGCGAAUGCGGCAGAGAGACUGUGACGUGCUUCAAGCAGAAGGAGAUGCGGACGUUGAGAUUGCAAAGGCAGCCAUCAACAUGUCUGCUUUCAGAACGACCACGCUUAUUGGAGAAGACACAGAUCUUCUUGUUCUCUUGCUCCACCAUGUAGUCGUGUCCAAAUGUUCUGGUCUAUAUUUCCGCUCAGACAAGGCGAAGUUAAAUGUCUACAAUAUCAAGGUACUCAAGCAGGUGCUUGGAGGAGCAGUUUGCAAUGACUUGUUGUUUGUGCAUGCCUUCACUGGAUGUGACUCGGUCUCCAGGAUAUUCGGCAUUGGAAAGAAGUCGGUGUUUCAACGGAUCAUCAACACGUCCAAGAAAGAAAAAGUCAUCAACGACUGUUUAAAAGCUUUCUCUCUUCCAAAGCAAAGUCCGGAUGUUGUGGAAGCCAACGGUUGUAGGGCAAUGGUGGCACUGUUCAAUGCAGAUCAGAAAGACUCCCUGGCAUCUAUCAGGUACAAUAUGCUCUGCAAGAAAGUUGCAAGAGCCAAGACUUUCGUCACACCUGAACGACUCCCACCAACCACCUCGGCUUGUAAAUUUCAUUCCUUGCGGACCUACUACCAGGUUAUGGAGUGGAUGGGCUGUAGUGAGGAAAUGGAUCCAUCUGAGUGGGGAUGGAGGGUAGAAGGGGACAAACUUGUUCCAGUGAUGACAGACAAAAGCCCUGCUCCAGAUGUACUUAUUCAGAUGAUUCACUGCAACUGCUCGGGACGAUGCAAUGCCCUUAGGUGUACCUGCAGAAAGCAUGGACUAGAGUGCACCAGUGCAUGCGGACAUUGCCAAGAUGGCAACUGUGACAAUAUGACAAAUGAUCCAGUGAUAGAAGACGAUGAUGUGUAAAGUUGUGCGAACAUGCUGGUUAAAAUGAUGUGAAAUUAGAAGACUGCUCGUUUAUCGAUUAGGACGGCGUUAUAAUAAGAGAUAUGGGGUAGGGGUACCCCUAGAUAUGGUAUAAGGGGUUAAUCAACAUCACUGAGAACCCUUUUAUAUGAAAGAUUGACCCUGAAAACCUAGGUAAAGAUGCAAGUUUCAUUGAUCUAUCAUGAAAAUUGACUGAGUUAUGGCUUUCUGAAGUUUUCACAUUUUAAUGGAAAAUGACUUAAAAUCGAUAAAAGUAAUCUUCAAAAUUGGUGACGUUCCCAUGCUCGAAUUUUGGAGAACUUUUAGUAUGUUGUAGACUAGACCCAUAUUAACAUAAAACAACCAUAAAACAAACUUUUGCAAUUUUUUUGGGGUAAAUUAUAUAUUGACCCGUCUAGACACUGUUUUGGAUUAUUCUG